ACAGUAAUACAAGUAUAGAAACUAGAAAUCCAGUCUCAUAGAUCUUCAAUUCAAUUUUGUUUUGGUAUCAUUUCAUUCCUCUAAAACUCUCAGCUUCUUUCCUUACCUUCUCUCUUCUGCAAGCUUGUUGUGGGACCCACAACAAUCCCGCAAUCUCCGAUGUCUCAGCCGUCGGUAGUCACGUCGCAGUCUCCGACCACCGAACCUUCCGUCACUUCCCGGAAUCCGCCACCUCUGGCUACUCCCGCAUCUUCUAAGAAACCCCAGACAGGGACGAAUACCAUAGGACUUUAUGCUGUGCAAUGCGGUGAAUGCUUUAAAUGGAGACUCAUAUCCAACGAAGAAGAGUAUGAGGUGAUCAGGAGUAAAUUGUUGGAGGAACCUUUCACAUGCAAUAAGAAGCCUGACGUCUCAUGCAGUGAUCCAGCUGAUAUUGAAAAGGAUGCUACCAGGACAUGGGUGAUUGACAAGCCUAACAUCCCAAGGACCCCAGUUGGUUUUAAGAGAAAGCUGAUUCUUAGAAGGGAUUUUUCUAAAUUGGACGCUCAUUAUGUGACCCCCACUGGGAAGAAAGUUAGGUCUAGUACCGAAGUGGCAAAGUACCUAGAAGAAAAUCCCGAGAUAAAAGGUGUAUCUGUUACUGAAUUCAGCUUUACGGUACCAAAGGUGGUGGAGGAGACCAUACCAAAGGAUAUCGAGAGGAAACCUUCUGCCAAGAAAGCUAAAGAUUCAAAGCCUGCUGAUACUUGAAAUACCUAUCAACUUAUUAAGUGUUUUGUAAUCCUAAAUCCUGUCUGAAACCGUUUCUUUGUAGCGUACUAGUGCCUUUAAGUCUUGCUACUGAUGCUUCAUGCUUGUAUAAGUCCAUGUAAGACUACUACUAGGUAAUACACUAUCUAAUUGACCCUCAAUUUGCAAUGUUAAUUUGUCCAGUGGGAUGUUUGUAUGUUUUC